AUGCGCCCUCAAUGCGCGCGAUGCGCCGAAAAAGAUCUCGAAUGUACUUACGAGGCGGUAAGGCCACGCCAACGCAGAAAGAAAGAGCCUUCACAAUCCGAAUUUGCACAAAACCAUGGAUCACGAGAACCUAUGCUAGAUGAUCAUCAGUGGCAAGAACCUAUGACUGAUGAUAUCUCUGUAACCGAGUGCUUCAGCCCUACGGAUACCGAAUUUAACGCCAUGUCGCCAAUGGACCUCUCGACCACGAGUGAGAUUUCAGUCUCGCCCAUAGAUACCAACUCUACCUCUUGCAAUUACAGCAUCAUGGAUGAUAUAAAUCAGACAAGCAGCGUGGCGCGGAAGAAUUCGAGUACCAAUGUGGUUUCACAGGCGCGAUCCUUACAGCCUGACCUCGCCAUGAUUGCUCCUUGUCCUGUUGGGUCCCCUAGGUUUGAAUUCGUUUUACCAACAUUUUCCGAAUUCUCGAAUCGUCCUAAUCGACGCGCUCUUGUCGAUCAUUUCUGCAAUGUUCUGUCGCAUUUAAUCGUUUUUCGGGAGGAAUCCGGCAAUCCUUUCCAACAAUUAGUCUUGCCGCUCUCCCAUGAAAGUCCACCAAUCACGAACGCCAUAUACGCAUUAGCCAGCGCCCACUUAGAAUACCGUGGUGUUGAAACCUCGGAGAAAUCGCUGUACUUUCAUAAUCGAGCUAUUCAAGGAUUAGCUAGGUUGAUCGAACAAGAAGGUAAAGUGGAUAGGAUUGAACUUCUGGCGGCUAUUAUGCUCCUAGUUUAUUACGAAGUUCUUGUUCAACGCGGACGGUCAAGCAUAGUAGAUGGUCACCUUAAGGGGGCUCUGACCAUUAUGUCAGCAUCUCAAGAAGAGUCAACCCCGGCCAGUCUCUUCCUAGAACGCGCAUUUCGGUUCUAUGAUGUUAUUACGGCGCUGUCACUAGGAUCGGCCCCUCUUUCGACAGCUCCAGCCGCCGGCUGCCUCAUCCCCUUUGCUCCCCUAGAUGCUCCUGCAGCAUCGCCUAUGAGCAACGUGGACACCUUGCUUGGGAUGUCUACUACGUUAUGGCCUAUAAUGCAUCGUCUAUCUAACCUACUUUCUCUAAAGAACGAUAUCGAGCGAGCGUCCCGGGAAAACCAAACCUCCAAAAGCGCUGUCCUCAGAAUGGAAUUCGAAACUACCUCUCAGGCCAUCGAGACUGCUCUUACACAGUGGGAGCCAUUUCUCCCGCCAAAUAUUGUGAUCCAGGAUGGCGUGUUAAGAAACACUGAUGGGGAAGAUAUUCCAGAGCAACAGCUGUUGCAAUCCAUUCUUCACAAUGCUCUAGCAUACCGGCACAGUGCUUUUGUCUACCUGUAUCGCACAAUCUAUGGAUACCCGGCGCACCGCGAGGUGGUGCAGAAACACGUUCAUUCUGCGCUUACCCACUGCGUCGAAACUGUUACCUACGGAGGACCUAUGGGGGCAUUAUUGUGGCCUUUAUUUGUAGCCGCAUGCGAGGCGGUCAGCGCGGAAGACAGAGCGUUGUCUCAGAGAGCGUUUAUUGGAAUCGACCAGCGUCAAGGCAUGACCAACAUUGCGCAGGCAUGGAAGAUUACUCAAGAGGUCUGGAAAAGGCUAGAUGCCACAAAUGAUGAUAUCCCUGAGGUUCAUGAUACCGCUCUAUGGAGGAAGGUUAGCGCCGAGAUGGGUGUCAAUAUCGUCCUUGGUUGA